CAUUUUGUUUUGCUAAUUUUUCAUAAGUUUUUAUUAAUUUUGAUGAGUGAAUUUUUAUCGAAUUAUGUGUUAUACAUACAUCCCUUAGGAUACUGCCUCAUACACUAAAAAAAAUGUGUGAAUGUGAGACAUGUAUAGAGUUUUCAAAGCUACUGAAACCUUAUAGAGAUGCAAGUGCAAAGAAUGACUUUAGUUGUGUAAUUCUAUCAAAGUCUGAAGUGAAUCAAUUGGUUGUUUUUGUUCAGGCUUUUAUGCAAAGACAAUGUCUUGGAGGAUUUCAAGAUAGAAAAAACUAUGAACAGUUUCAGUGGAUUACACAAUGUUUUGUUUUGUUAAUGACUAAUUUGUUAAAAUCUUUUAAAGGACAAGAUAAUAUUAUCUACCCAGCUCGUGACGAUGAUGAUGCUGAGAGUAGUCGAAAAUGGGAAAAUUUAUUAGCGAAUUUCAAAGACGAAGAGUUGCAAUGGACAUUAGCAGAAAUGGAAAAACCAUUACAUCUCAUGACAAAAGUAUUUUUGAUGAAUUUUCCAUUAUAUGUGGCUGUAAAACAAUACCCACAUUACAAGACAGAAGAAGUAACUCAACAAGAAGUUUCAGCGAUGAAUCAUUAUUGCGAUGUUCAAGAAAUCGAUAUGCCAUUAUUACUUUUAAGAACUGUCAAUAUGUUUUGCCGGGUUGGUGGUUUGGAAGCAAUUAUGUCUUGUUUUGAUUAUGAAUCAUUGCCAUUAUCUAUUGCUAAUCCAAUUGUUAUACUUGCUUGUAAUGUAAAACUGUGGCUAAAUUAUCACACAAAUGUUCAUGUUUUUGUUCCACUGAGGUCAAAAGUUCUAAGAUUUAUGUGUAACUUAUCUGAUAAAGAAUUAAGAACUCCUGCAGCUAAAACUAUGGCUGAUUUUAUGUGGAGUUCAAACAAGGAUGGUCAUACUUCUAAUUUAGAUAAAGAUGGUCUUGAAUUAGCAUUUAAGUAUUUUACAUCCCCAACAUUAACAAUGAGGCUAGCAGGAAUAUCUCAAAUUAAUAGCCAUAUAGGAUCCUUAAAUGAACUUGUUCAUGUAACAGCAGCAACAUUAUCAACAUCAUCACAAUCCAAUGAUAUGGUGACUAUCGAACAGAUUGGACAUAAUUUAGCAUCUUGGCUUGUACAUCGAAAAAUUAUAUCUCAUGUGUUUGGUCCAAAUUUACAUGUUGAAGUAAUUAAACAGUGUAGUAUUACACUUAACUUUUUAGCAUCAGAAGGUAAGAUUACUAAUGAACAUAUUGAUACUAUAUGGCAAGCAGCACAGUUAAAACAUUGUAGCAAACAAGUUUUUGAUUUAUUACCGGGUUUUAUCAAACACUUAGAACCUGCUCCUGUUUUACAUUUAUAUCAUUUACUAAGAAAACUAGAACCAAAAGAGCACACUGAACAAAGCUUAUUUUUAGCAUCAGCUCUUACCAAAUUCAUUUGGUCAAGUAUGGCAACUACAGCACGAACUCAUGAAUUUUCUAUUCCAAAAUUGUCAAGAAUUGUAAGUAUACGUGAUGGCCGUAGAAUAGUUCGUUCAAAUGAUAUGAGUACAUCAGAAAAUAGUGCUAGCCUCAAUAGCAAUUCCGAGGGUGAAUCAAGUGAUGAACGAAGUGAUAUGAGUGAUGGUCCGACUCCUAGAAAAAAACCUAAAAAAGAAAACAUUUUUGCUUAUUCCGAUAAUGAAUCAUUAGUUCUAGAAGGAGCAAAAAUUGAAGAAUUAGAUGACGAUUUUGAUAUUAAUGAAAAAGAUAUUAUUAGACCAUCAAAACCAUUAGGUAUGUGCAAAAUAAGGCAUUGUGUUAGGAAGAAAGCAAUUAGGGAUACAAGAAUGCGAGUUAUGAAACCAUGUAACUCUAGUGAUGAAGAUUCAGAUAAAGUUCAAAUAAAUCAUUGUAAACUAGUAAAGGGAACCAAACUUCAAAAACCAAGAGGAAAAAUUAAUAACCACAAAAAAAUACGAAAUCUUAAAAUGAGGUGCAUUAGAACUGAUUGUACUGAAGAUGAUUCUGAGUCUGAUGGUGAAGAAGAUGAUGACGAGGAAGAUGAAGAUGAGGAUGAAGAUAUUGAAGAUGAAGAUAGUGAAUCAAUGGAAGCUAUGGAAAUUGGUAUAUCACCCAUUGAUACUACUUCAGAUCAGCAGGUACCAUCUACACUUAUGAAUAGACAAAUGCUAGAAGAUUAUAGUGGAGAUGAGAACAGUAUGUCAUCUCGUAUGUCAAAUAAAUCUGAUAAAAAUAUGGCUGAUUUUGAUGGAGAAGAUUCAGGAUGUGAUGAGGAAUUGUUGCAACUUGCGGCACGUGCUCAGACUCAUUUAUCAACACAACAGUUAAACCAUAUGGCAUUCCAUUCUAAUUUUCAUACCAGUAAAAAUGUGCAUCCUUGUACUCAAAAUAUAACUACAACAAUAUCUAACCAGUUCAAUAUAGAAAAUGUUUGUAAACCUGGUUCAACAUUAUUGUGGGAUUUACUUCAAGAUGAUACUAUUACACUCUUAGGUGAAUCAUUAGCUUUGGAAGCAGAAAAAGCAUUGUUUAAUUUAGUAUGCUUUAAUACUGAUCGUGCUAUCAGAAUGAAAUUCAUUGAAGGUUGUUUAGAAAAUAUACAAAAAAAUAAAUCUGUAGUUAUUUCACUAAGAUUAUUACCAAAGUUAUUUGCAUCGUUUCAUCAAUUUCGAGGAGCUUCAUUAGCCAACCUUAAUGUUGGAAUGGAUACUCGUCAAGUGACUCUUUGGGCUGUUAAACAUCAUAGUAUGAUUGAUAGAGUAUUUAGCAAUUUUCGAGAAUACUGUAAACAACAUGCCGAUAAUUUGUUUGAAGAUUCAGGAUUUUACUCCCACCAAAUUCAUAUAGAAGCUAGAUUACAAUUUUUGACUCAUAUUUAUUCUUCAAUUGGACUUCCAGAUACUAUUAAGUUAACUAUUGAUGAACUGGAUACAUUAUGGAAUUGUUUGGUAUCUGAUGAAGUUUGUCGAGAUGAAUUAUUUAAUUGGUUAUUACGUCAGGUCCGUUGUCGUGAACAACAUACAUUUAAUGUUGAAACAUUGACACAUUUGUACUGUGAAAAAUUGUUAUCAUUAGCUCCGGAAAGUUAUACUAUGACUGCUCUUAGUUUAUUUACCCAGCUUUGUAAUAUGGCUCAACAACAAGUAUCUAGUGAUUAUUUACUGUUAGCAAGAAAUGGCCAUGCAGCUGCAAUGGAACACUUAUCUAGAAUUGCAUUAAAAGCAUCAAAUAAUGAUGUUAGCAUGGCUGCAAUACAGUAUAUAAAUAAUUAUUAUAUGAUGAAUUUACAACUUGAAAAAGAAGACAAGUUUAUAAGUGAGUGUGUAUCAAAUUUGUCAGUAGCUGCCGAUACUUUGAAUGAUAAAGAAGAAUCCAGUCUUCUUUAUAUACAACGAGCUCUGUUACUAUUAAAAACUCAUUUAGAAACAUUUAAGAGAAAGUAUGCUUAUCAUUUAAGAAAAUGGACCUUAGAAGGGCAUGGUAUUAUGAGUCAUGUAAUUCAAAAUGAUAAAAACGCAGCAACAAUCAGAUUAAAUAUCAGUCCUGCCAUGUUAGAUGAAAAGUUAACUCUUGAUAUGCCUAGUACAGAUUACAUAGCUGAUAUGAGAGCUGAAAUAGCUCAUUGGUGGGAAAGUCAAAAUGAUAAUUUAGCUGUUCAAAAAUUACCUACAGAUGGUAAUAUACGCAUGAUUGCAUUAGGCCAAGAAAUAACAUCAGAUUUUGAUGAAAAAACUAUUCAAGAAACUGGAUUAAAAGAUAACCAAAUAAUAUACUUAUCAUUAAGUACUACUCGUAAGAAGAAACUCGGUGACCAAGAUUUACCAGGAUCUGCACAAUUUGUACCAACCAAAGAAAGUUCUCCAACAUUAUUGCUUUUACGACCUAAAAACUUUGAAGUAUUGUUUGAUCUCAUGCAUACUCUUGGAUCAAUGAAAACAAUUGACGAAGAAGAAAAUGAAUUACUACAUGGAAAAGCUCAAGUUUUAUCAAGAAGUGUUUGGGAUAUUUUGACUAUGCUUCCAACUAGUCCCUCAAUGUUAGAGUGUUUCAAACACUUUCCAACUCAUGAAUCAAAAGAUAAAUGUCAAGUUUGGUUAAAAAAAGAUUUAGAUCCAUCAAAUUUACAAAAAUUAAUGUAUUCAUUAUACAUUGUUGAAUCAUUAGUUGAGGUAGGUGUAGAGAAAAAUUCAGAUGAAGAUGAAAUAUUGCUAGAGGUAUCAACUAAUGGAUUAUCAAGUUCUUGGGGAGAAUAUUUCAUUGAAAAGGGUGGUUUAGAACAUCUUUUUACUAUUUUGCUGUCUGGUACACUUCAGGGUAACAGUGAAUGGCAUCAAGAUUGCUUGGCUCAUUUACUUAAAUUACUCUGUCAACUUGGUGUGUCACCAAAUGAUAGACGACAAUUAGAUCAAUUUGAAGGACUAGGUUUUGAUCCUUAUUUUCGACCAAGAAAAUCACACAUUAAAAAACAAGCUAACCUUGUUGUGCCAAAACUUAACAAAGAAAUGUUAAAACUUAUGAAGAUAGAUUUGGUUAUACCUAGAUUGAUGAGUAUUUUAAAUGAGUUAUCAUAUCCUGGACACCCAAAAGAUAUAAAAACCGGUUUUUGGGGUCGAGCCCAAGUUAUUCAUUUCUUAAUGACUUUAGUUUUGUCAUGGUCGCAUAGCGUUAAUGGUAUUUGUGAAGCACUUUUAGAAUCUAAUCAGUUCUCCAUGUGGCUUUGCAAUCUUGUCCUUGAAGAUCCAGAUCCAUUAGUUAGACAUGAAAUAUGUGUUGCAUUAUAUCGACUUUGUGCUGUACCUCCCGCAAAUCGUACUGCUGCUACAUUACUUUUAUCCCAGUUAAUCAAGUUCCUAGAUAAGGCUGAAUGCAUGCAACCACAAAAUAUAAGAAAUGAAAAUUCAAUGAGGAUAACUGAUGAAGAUAAACUUAAUUAUGGACCAGCUUGCCGAGAUUAUUUUUGGCUUAUGUGUCGACUUGUUAAUUGCUUACCAAAUGACAUCAUUCAAGAAAGUAUUAAAUUUCCACCAAAAUGUAUUAUUGAUAUUGAAGCAUUGGCUAUACGUGUUUGGGAGUCAAUUGCAUCUAGAGAUUUUAUUGAAACACAUUAUAGUGGCCUUCAAGAUGAUGGUUUGAUUGGACUCUUAAAUUUAAUGUCAAAUAUACUAGGGCAUAAACCUCCUUUUAAAUUUAGUACACAGAGUCAUAAAGUUUUGGACACAGUUUUUGAGUUUUUGUUUGCUUUACCUGAUCCUCAGAAUCGACAGUUACCCAAAUGUAAAUCUGAAAGUGCUCGAUCUUCAGCUUAUGAUUUGUUAGUUGAAUUAGUAAAAGAAACUCCUCAAAACUAUGAAUAUUUAUACAAAAAAUUAUUAGAACAACACAGUAAUGAUUUGAAUCGCCUUCCAUAUUUAUGGGAUUAUUGGCCUCAUGAUGAUGGUCGGUCUAAUUGUGGAUAUGUUGGUUUAACAAAUCUUGGUGCUACUUGUUAUAUGGCUUCCUGUAUGCAGCAUUUAUUUAUGAUGCCACAAGCAAGACGAUCAAUACUUGAAGCAAAAUGUGAUGAGUCCAAUAAACAUGCAUCUAUAUUGGUUGAGCUUAAGCGAAUGUUUGCUUAUUUAUUGGAAAGCGAAAGAAAAACUUACAAUCCUCGUAGCUUUUGCAAAGUUUAUACAAUGGAUCAACAACUAUUGAACACUGGUGAGCAGAAGGAUAUGGCUGAAUUUUUUAUUGAUCUUGUAUCUAAGCUAGAAGAGAUGACACCUGAAUUAAAAACGCUUGUUAAAACCCUAUUUGGGGGUGUAAUUAGUAAUAAUGUUGUUUCAUUGGAUUGUGAUCAUGUAAGUAGAACUUUAGAAGAGUUUUAUACUGUAAGAUGUCAAGUUGCUGAUAUGAGAAAUUUAUACGAGUCUCUCGAUGAAGUUACAUUAAAAGAUACAUUAGAUGGAGAUAAUAUGUAUACAUGUUCUCAGUGUGAGAAGAAAGUUCGUGCAGAAAAAAGGGCUUGUUUCAAAAAAUUACCACAAAUUCUUUGUUUUAAUACAAUGAGAUAUACAUUUAACAUGGUGACUAUGAUGAAAGAAAAAGUGAAUACCCACUUUUCUUUUCCAAUGAUACUUGACAUGUCUGGGUAUGUUGAAAAACAUUUGAUGCCCCAGCAUUAUCUUGAAGAAAAAGAAAUGAGUGAAAAUAAAGGAACAGAGCGAUUGGAAGAAAAUUAUCAAUAUGAACUUAUUGGUGUCACAGUUCAUACAGGGACAGCAGAUGGUGGUCAUUAUUAUAGUUUUAUACGAAAUCGAGAACGUACUAAUAAGUCUCAAACUCCAAGUACUGAUCAAUGGUAUUUAUUUAAUGAUGCAGAAGUUAAAUUGUUUGAUGCUAGCCAAUUAGCAGCUGAAUGCUUUGGUGGAGAAAUGACAAGUAAAACCUAUGAUUCUGUAACAGACAAGUACAUGGACUUGAGUUUCGAAAAAACAAACAGUGCUUAUAUGUUGUUUUAUGAACUUGUCAAGCCAACUGAUCCAGAAAUUGAAGAACAUAAUAUUUCUAACGACAUAGAAAUAUGUCCACCAAUAAAAUUGAGUAGUGAAUUAGAAGGAUGGAUUUGGAGAGAUAAUAGACAAUUUUUACAAGAUAAAAAUAUAUUUGAAAGUGCUUAUUUUCAAUUCAUGUGGCAAAUAUGUGCGUUUAUUCCUCAAUCUUUAGAAGAUACGGAGGAACUAGCAGAACUUGCUACAAAAUUAACUUCAGCCUUUUUUUUGGAAACUUAUAUACAUGCUAAAGAACGAUCUACUAUAAUGCAAUGGACAGAAUUGUUAACUAAGCAGUUCAGUGCUUCACAAUCUGGUUCUGAAUGGUUUCUACAACAAAUGAGUGUUGAUGGAUGGUGGCCACUUAAAAUUUUUAUUAAAUGUCCAAAUCAAAUAAUACGACAGACAUUUCUUAAGUUAUGUAUGCAUGUUAUCCAACAAAUUAGGCCAUAUGUUUGUUUUUUCAAUAAUUCUUUUAUGAAUGAUGAUAAAAGUGAAUAUAUGAAACCAUGUGUAUCAUGUCUAACUUCAUUUAUCCGUACAGUAGUGUCUUUAAUGGAACAAAAUAUAAAAAAUUGUAUUCGUAAUAUGACUGAAUAUUUUGCGAUGUUACAUGAAUUUAGUAAAUUAGGAGAUGAAGAAAGUAAAUUUCUCAUAGCUAUUCAAUGUAUUACGACAGUUGUAAACUUUUACUUGGGAUUAAAAGGACAUGAAUUUAGUGAAAAUCCUAAUAAUAUUAAUGGAGGUGACUGUGAAGAAGAAGAAGAAGAUAUAAUUCCAAUAUCAACUGCAGAUCGAAACAAGCCACCUUUAUCUCUUGAAAAAUUAAUUGCUCUUGUUGUUUCAUUGGUUGAAAAAUCCAGAAAUAUUAGUGGUCAAUUAGAGUUAUCAGAUAAUGAUUUGUAUGUUCUACAAGGAAUGAAGGGUUUCCCAUUCAUAAUUCAACAAAUUAAAGAUAAUACAAAUUUACAUAUGACUAAGAAUCUUAUAUUUUCUCUUUGUCGGAAUGAUUCACCACAAAAGAAUGCUUUACUUGCCAAUGAAAUAAUCAGCCAAAUAUUAAAUGUUAUACAGAAAAAUGUUAAUAAUUCUGAAAUUACACAGCCAUUUUUCAAAAUGUUAACUUUACUAUCUGAAGGUAGUGUCAAUGGUAACGGUGGAUUACCAUCUUUUACUGAAUUUAUACUAAGGCUUUUGUGGCAGUCUACUGAAAAUGGGCCUCAAGUAGCAUUAGAAUGGCUUGGUCUCCAAGUGCCUCGUAAUAAGCAGGUAUCUGCUUGGGUUCUUAAUGGUAUGGACACAUGGGUUGAACGAUUUUUACUAUCACAUGGAAAUGCAAGAGUUCGCUCAGCUGCCAGUAUGUUAUUAGUAUCAUUGGUUCCAAAUACUCAAUUUCGACAAGCAUAUAGAUCAGCAAGGGGUAUGUGUACAUUACAAAAAGAAGUUUUACUAGCUUCAGAUGCAAAGGAAACACUGCAUGAAAUAUUCAAAUUUCUAUUAAAUCUCUUGAAAAUGGCUAAAGAGUAUACAGAUACAACUCAACACGGAUCAUCUAAACUAACUGCCUACUUUGUUUUGCUCAAUUAUUUUUUGAUAUCAAGAACAGAAAAAUUGAUGUUUGGACCACAUUUAGUUGAACUUUGGCAAUUAUUUCAUCCUAAACUUUCUGAACCAGCUAUUUCAGUACAUCAUAACAAACAAAGCUUAUUGAUGUUAUUCUAUAAUGUUUUGUCUGACUGUAUUGAAAAUGUGCAAAUACUUGUUCAGGAUCCAUACUUUGUGAAAAAUAUAGCAUUCAAUUAUAUUUUAGCUGAUCAUGAUGACCAAGAAGUGGUAAUUUUCAAUCGGACUAUGUUACCAGCAUAUUAUGGUCUAUUAAGAAUAUGCUGCCAACAUUCUAGAAUAUUUACUAGACAAUUAGCUGGGCAUCAAAAUAUAAGUUGGGCUUUUAAGAACAUUUCUCCUCACCCUACUCAAUAUGCAGCUGCUGUUGAUGAGUUGUUUAAACUAUUACAACUUUUUAUUAAAAAAUUUCCGGAUUCAACUGAUCAAGAAAUAGCUGAAAUAAACCAAUACAGAAAAGAAACAAUACAUUUAUAUGUUUCAAACUUAGAUGGAAAAGCUGGCUGGGGCACUUUAAUUCCAGUUGCCAAAAUUCUAUUGGAAAAUGAUGAAGAUAAAUUAUAUUUUAUUCAUAAUCGUGGUUUAGAAAUGUGUUUUGAAGGUUUUCAAACAUUACACAAUAUGUACCAUGAAGCUACUGCUUGCCACGUAACUGGUGACCUAAUUGAUAUGCUUGCUUUAAUUGUUGAUAUCACAAAGUGUUUACAAAAGACUCACGAACAGAACAAAUUGGCUGAGAAAGAAACUCCACGUACUAUAAUAUUGACAUAUAAAGAAUGGCCUGAUUUGUUAAGAAAAUUGGUUACGUUACUCAAUACAUACAAUCCUAAAGAAAUGAGACAAUCAGUAUUAGAUCUGCUAAAAGUACUUGUUGUAUUAAUGCCAAUUGAAGUUAUUAAUGUACUUCAACCAAUAUUGACACAUUGUCAUGCUGUUUGUAUGGACAGCAAUAAUGGUAUGCCCAUUGGUCCAUAUUUUCCUCGUCGCGGACAUAAAGUUCCAAUGCUUAGUUUGAAAUCAAAUACUAGGCCUGCUAGACCCAUGGUUCAAAUGGCUUUAACACAUAACCAAUUAGACAUAACUAAAGGCUGUGAUUCUCAUUACGAUGCAGAAUUAUCUGCAUUUUAUGCUCCAUAUCACGAUUUCAUUGAUGUGAUGUGCCGUACUGCUGUUAAUAAUGACUGUUUGACUGAACCUCUAGUAGCACUUAAUGCAAUGAUUGGAUAUGAAUCUAUUCCAUUGCAUCAUACUUAUUUUCCAAAGUUUUGGCUCGAUGUGCAUAAUAUGAAUGGGUCUAACUUACCAUACUUAAGAUUGUUAUCCAAAAAUAAUUACUUUGUGGAUUAUUUGGAGUCUACACUUAUUGAAGAACGUCUGAGUUUGAAUAAUGAUGUUAUAUAUGAUUUUGUUAGAACUUUUUUUCCUGAGAUGGCUGCUAGUGUACUAUCACAUCACACUUUUGAAUUAUUGGAAAGUGUUAUAUUUAAUUUGCCAAAUGACUUGGAAAAAUUGGGUGAAUUAGAAACUGAAAAAAGGAUGCUAUCUAAUCUAAGAGCUUUGAGAGUUUGCUCUUUAGUUAAACCUCCUGUGCAAGAACUUAAGGUAGUCUUAAGCAAUAUUAAAACGGAAGCUCAAAAACUAUUGGACAAAAUCUGUCCUUCAUCGUCAGGCAAAAAUGAUUUAGAUGAAACUGAUGAGAAAGAUGAAGAUGAACAGUUGUCAUUAUUACGUAGUAUUGAAACUACUGCUGCCGAAUUUAUAGAUGCCAUUCCUCUACCAAAACAUGAAAAUUUGCCUAGUGACUUGGAAGAUAAAGACAUUGCUGGGCCACCAGAUAAGACUUAAUACAGGUUUUUUUCUGUAGGUUUAAAAAACGCUGCUAGUCUUUCAAAACAAAACUGGAUUAUAAAUUUUUUUUUAAUGAAUUCAUGUUUUUUUUUUAUAAAAAAAAACAUUUAUUUGUGAUCUCCAAAAUGUUGCAAAGUUUUGUUUUUUUUUUUUUUUUUAUUAUUCAAUCGACUAUUUUGUAAAGCCAAUAUCUGUUGGAAUUCGUUAUUUUUAUCAAUUACUCUUGGAUUUUAUGUGGAUCAAUUUCAUCAUUUCCCUACUUUAAUUCUAUUCUAUAAUUGUUUA